AAUCCUCCUCCUCCCCUCCUCACCAUCACCACCGCCCACAACCUCAGCUCAGCUAGCAAAAGUACAAUAUCCCUUGUACGGACGCCUAGCUAAGCUAAGCUAAUUAAGCUCUAAUUUCUCUUUUCUUUUUUCUUCGAUCUCCGGCGAAAAAGUAAGUACAAUGGCCGAGGUGAACGGAGCCAAUAACGGCAACGGCCACCACGGCCACGGCAACGGCAGCGGCGCUGCGGCGGCGGCGGGGCGGUCGACGAGUGUGUCGAGGAAGAUCGAGUCGGAGGGGGCGGUGCUGAUGCCCGGGGUGUACGACGCGCUGUCGGCGGCGAUCGUCCAGAAGACCGGGUUCUACGCCGGCUUCAUCUCCGGCUACGCCGUCUCCGGCUCCUUCCUCGGCACCCCCGACGUCGGCCUCCUCACGCCGCCGGAGAUGGCGGAGGUGGCGAGGCGGAUCUGCGCGUCGGCGCCCAACACACUCUUCAUCGCCGACGCCGACACUGGUGGUGGCAAUGCUCUGAAUGUGAAGCGUACUGUUCAGGACCUGAUGGCAGCAGGUGCUGCAGGCUGCUUCCUCGAGGACCAGGCAUGGCCAAAGAAGUGUGGACACAUGCAUGGCAAGCAGGUGAUACCAGCAGAGGAGCACGCUGUGAAGAUAGCUGCAGCGAGAGAGGUCGUUGGUGAUCGGGACUUCUUUAUCGUGGCCCGGACUGACGCUCGAUCUGUCACUGGUCUUGAUGAUGCCAUUAGGCGUGCCAAUCUCUACAUAGAUGCGGGAGCAGACGCGUGCUUCGUGGAGGCGCCGCGGAGCGACGAGGAGCUGAUGGAGAUCUGCAGGAGGACCAAGGGUUAUCGCGUGUGCAACAUGCUGGAGGGCGGGAAGACGCCGCUGCACACGAGGCAGGAGCUCAUGGAGAUGGGGUUCCACCUCAUCAAGUCCCCCCUCACCACCGUCUACGCUGCCGCCCGCGCCCUCGUCGACGUCCUCGCCGCCCUCAAGCGCGCCGAGACCACCCGCGACGAGCUCCACCGCCUCACCACCUUCACCGAGUUCAACAACCUCGUCGGCCUCGACUCCUGGCUCGACAUCGAGGUUCGCUUCUCCGUCAACUCCUCCUCCUCCGUUCCCAAGCCGCUCCCGGCACCACCGGCGCUGGAGACCACGACGGAGAUGGAGAAGGCCAAGGCCAAGGCGGCCGCCGUCGUCGCCGGAAACGGAGCUACCAAUGGGGUACACUAAGAUCGAUCAAGAUCAAGCUACCAAUGGAAUAAAUUAUCAAUCGAAAUGUGGCUGUCAUCAGGGAGCCAUGAAAUAUGGUGGAUUACAUUGAUUAAUUCUCCUGCAUUAUUGGUGAAUUUUGUGAGGUAUGUGUUAUUAUUGCAUGGUACGUAGCUAUAUAUUGCUGUGUGAGUGAGUGAGUGAUUAUGUUGGGAUUGGGUGCGUGAUUCCGCACAUAAACUGUAAGGUAAAUAUGUGUUGAGUAUUCUUCGUUUUCCAAUUUUUUCGAUUCAGUACAGUAUAUGCAGCUAUGCAUCUGUCUGAAUUUUGAGUCAGUAUGCUCGUGUGUGCACGGUCCAGAUUGAUCGUCGAUCCAUGAAGCAUCUGUACUGUCAGUCAGUGUCAUGUUCAGUGUACCUUCAAAUUUAUUUGGAAUAAAUCGGCCCAUGGACCGUCUACCAUUGGGCUGUUCGACAUC